UCCAGUCUGCAGUUAGACUACUUUGCAGCUAGACCUUUCUCGGUGGCUAAAGGUUGAGCUGGUGACCUUGUAGGAGUAGAGAGAAGAGGUGGACCUUGGUGGAUUGAGAAGGCUGCUAGGUCCUAUUACACACCGUGUGCCAUGAAUGAGGUGUCGGAGCGUAGUUUACAGGUGGCCGUGCUUGUGUCGUUCGCCAGCGGGGUGCUAGUGGGCUGGCAGGCAAACCGAAUGAGGAGGCGAUACCUGGACUGGCGGAAGAAGAGGCUGCAGGACAAACUAGUAGAGACACAAAAGAAGUUAGACCUCUCCUAAGUUGGUCCCAGCAGAUACACGCGACUGAAUGACGUUCAUCUUAUUCAUACAGGAGACUACUGCAAUAUUCGAUGGACAGAAAUGAUUCGGCUGCUAUGUGUUUUUCUUUAAAAAUAUGUAUAUUCCCUCUAUUUUAUAAAUAAGAUAUUUUAUAGGUUAAUGAAAUAAAUGCCAUAUUGCUGAAUAAAA